AUGAACCCAGAAUUUCAAAUCAAGCUUUCAAAGAAGUCAGAGUGCUUUCUUGUGAGAAACUGUGAAUUUGAAACAUUGUGCUGUUUUUCAGCUCGCCCGUGCUUCGUGGGGGAAUGGAGCCCCUGGAGUGGUUGUGCAGACCAGUGCAAGCCUACAACCCGUGUGCGGAGGCGCUCGGUGCAGCAGGAGCCUCAGAACGGCGGGGCGCCCUGCCCACCCCUGGAAGAGAGAGCCGGCUGCCUGGAGUACUCCACCCCACAGGGCCAGGACUGCGGGCACUCCUAUGAGGCGGUGGAGUGCCACCCUGGGGAGUUUGAUUUCGGGACAUUGCCUGGCUGUGCUAUAUUUAGAUUUCCUGCCUUUAUAACUACCUCUGCAUUCAACAAGGAGAGAACACGACAAGCUGUGUCUCCACGCUGGUCUACACACACAGAGGAUGCCGGAUACUGUAUGGAGUUUAAGACAGAGUCCUUGACCCCUCAUUGUGCUCUGGAAAACCGGCCCCUGACAAGAUGGAUGCAGUAUCUCCGAGAGGGAUACACGGUGUGUGUGGAUUGUCAGCCUCCAGCUAUGAACUCUGUGAGCCUCCGUUGUUCUGGAGAUGGCCUGGACUCUGAUGGAAAUCAGACUCUCCAUUGGCAAGCAAUUGGUAAUCCUCGAUGUCAAGGAACUUGGAAAAAAGUUCGGCGAGUAGACCAGUGUUCUUGUCCAGCUGUUCACAGUUUUAUUUUUAUAUAGAUGGUGAUGUAAAUAUUUCCAAAUGCAUUUGUAAACGUGCUAAAUACUCUCAAGUCAUGUUCAAUGCUUCCUAAACCUUCAAUUUUGGCCAAAGUCCCUGAACACAUCAUUGCCACACUCCGAAGCAGAGAAAGAAAAUUUAGGGGUCAGUUCUCAGGGAACACAGGUCCUCUAUUUUUAUUUUAACUAAGUUGGAAGACCCAUUCAAAAAGCUCCUGUGGUUUUAUGUUCUUGACCUUUCAUCUGGAGUCCUCUGAUUCAGCAGGUGGCCGGUGGGACACAGAAUACAUGUCUGUUUGCUAAAGUAAAAUUACUGCAACUCAGUCCAAUUAUUGGUGAUGGAAAUGUCAUUUAAGGGGAGCUAUGUUUUGAAUCUUGCAGUCUUUUUAUUUUAUAAUCUUUUAAAAGCUUCUCACCUUAAAAAAUGUAUACAGAUAUGUACACUCUGACACAUAUAUUUCCAUACAUUUAUUAUUCCAUAAAUUCUGCAAUAAUUUCAAGCAAAUUAUCACAAAUGAUUUUUCCACAGGACAAAUAAUUUAAAAUUUUAGUAAGCAUUCUGUAAUGAAAAACCAACUAUACUAAAAACAUUUUUUGAAGAAAAAAUUUUUUUUUGGUUAAGUGAAAGGAUCAAAUGCUUAUUCUAGGUCAAGGAGUUCUUUCAAAUGUUAUAAUUUUCAUGAAGAGAAAUGCUGGCACCAAUGAAUGAAACAAUUGCUUUCAUUUCGAAAAUUCUACUACAUUUGUAUCUAAGAUUAUUUCCAAGGCUUAAAGCCUUAAGCUGAAUAACAUAAUCUUUCAGAGUCCAACUUCAAGUUUAGUUGACUUAAGCUCACUCUUUUUUUCCUAUCACGUGCAUUUUCUGAUGUUUGGAGUGGAUGGUAUGUGGAUUAUGGAAGGCAUAGACUUCAUUACAGAUGCUAUGAUCUCACACACACAAGUUAAUAUUAGUCUCCCUAUUUUAUGACUGGAAAAUCAAUGAACUAGAGGCAAAAUGGCAUGUUUAAGGACCUGAGGUGACAAACCAUUCUGUAGUCAGCCACAGAGCCAAAUUUAGACUUCUCAUCCAGGACUCCAUGAAAAGCCUGAUUUUGCCAAACACUGUGUUGGAAAAGCUAAGCCCCUUUCAUUUUUGAAGUAAAUUUUAAAUUCAGGAUAUUUAGAGAAUUGAGUCUUGCGAUGUAAACUAUAUGAAAUGCCUUUGGUUUCAAUUAAAUAAUAUUUACUAACAAAUGAUUUACUAAAAUACAUAUUUCUUGGUCCUUAUCAUGUAAUGACAGACUGACAACAGCAAUAGGGAUGGGAAUUUCCCCAAUAAUUAAUAACACCGAGAGUAGCAAUAUUUCUGACUAUAUUUUCAUUUAAUUGUCAAAGUUGUUUUUGUGGAAAGUUAAAUUAUUCGGAAAUUAAUAAUAAAAUAUGUGAGUCUCAUCAAGGCUGGAAACUUCAAGUCAGUAUUAACCUUUUCAUACUAUUUCUAACAUUUAUAAAGCUAGAUUUUUGAAGCUAUGUCUGGGUAAUUUCCAAUGUUACUUAAAAUUUUUAUACCAGUAAAUAAAUGUUUUGUUCACAUUUAUAAAAGCUCUAUACUUAUUUGACUAGAAAAUAACCCAAAUUUUCUGGACUAGUCAGAGAAUGAUAAAAUUUCACCAAAAACAAAACAAAAAAUCCUUCAGAAUGGAUAGGUAUGGGUACAAUGACUACUAACAGCAAUAAAGCUAUGAUGCAUUUAUGGUUCCAAUGUGUUGUAAUAUUUAACAUAAUUGAAUUGUAUAAAAUAAAAUUUUCACCUUAUGCAUUUAA